AGGCAGAAUCCCCGAUAGUUCCAUAAUGUACAGUAUACUGUAUGAAGUGCACUAGGUAGCAUGUGGGAGGCGUUAUAUCCUGCCCUGCGUAGUGUAUUUGUCUAGGGAACAAGGAGGGAAUUGUAUUUCAGCCUCCGUUUUUCAUGGACCGUAUAAGCUGUCUCGACUUGCCCGUACAUGUCCACCGGAAAUGAAUAUUCAUGAGGGCAGAGCGCGAGAUCUGGACACUACAGCAGCAUCGCUAACGGAGAGUUGAUGAAACCGAGUCCAGUGUGUGUGAGAGUGAGGAUUUCACCGACAGUGAACAUUAAAAUGUGUGUAUGGUAUAAUGUUUGAGUUCUUCUGCGAUGGAGGAAAGUUUGUGGUGCGAGAAAACCUCCUCCAGCGUCAUAUCUACUUUACCGGUGUGGAUAAUUGAAUAUGCCUGGACUAACCGGAUGAUGGAGGUGUUACAGGUUUUAGGCCCUCCACUGUGGCUGGAAGGUGACCGGAGCAGCCUGACUCUUAAGGAUCCAUGCAGCAUACGUGUGACGGCGGCCGAGUCCUGGAUGGUCAUCCGGGCCAGAGACAUCAAACACUUUGAGCACGUCAUGGAGUUCCUGGAUGUUACUCACACUUUACUACCUCAGCUAGUGACCCCCAUCAAGCACAUGAAGAUAAUGUUUGGCCUGAAAACUUUGGUUAUUAUGUGGAUGUUGUGGGAUGACCAGAGCGCAGAAAGCAUCACAGACAAGAUUGUAAAGUUCUUUCCUGACAGCCUCCCACAGUAUCAUAGAAGUAGUCACAGGCAUAUGAAGCUGAUACAGAAGACCCAGCGGGACUUUAGGAAUUUUGUUGAGUUACUGGCAAAAAACCCAGAAAUGCGCAAAAACUAUAUUAGAAAUCUGAUGGAAGAGCAGUAUGGAGAACGCUACAUCAUGAAGUUGGAAGAGAGGUUGUUACAUUAUUUAGAAGAGCUGAACAAAGCCCUUCCACAACCCACCUAUAUUGACCAGGUUCUAAAACAAUCAGGGCAAUUGAAGGGGAGAGAGGAGUUACUGCAGCAAUUAUUUACCUGUAAUAGUGCGUGUCCAGCCGCAGCUCUAAAGAAACUGCUGAGAUGUGCUAUGGCAAGCCAUAUAGAUCAUAAAAGUACAGAGAUGUGUAAGCAACAAAAAGGAGCUCCGGUUGAUGGACCAGUGUUUGGGCCUCUUUGUGUAGCUCUUACUCCAUCUCUGGAAGAGGCAGAAGAAGAUUGGCUGUCCCAGGCAUCCGGUUCCUGGCUGAAUAGAGAUAAGAGUUUGGAAAAACAGAGGACAAGGUUGAAGAAGAAGCAUGUUUUAGAUCAGACUGACAACCAUCCAUGUGUGCUUGAAGAACAGUGUCCUCAGAUGACCGAGACCGGACUUGUUGCUGCAGAGAAGAAAACUGGAGAUGACUUAACAGCACAUCUGUGCUCCAGACAUGGCAAGAGAAUGACGAGUAUCCUCCAAGAAUGCUCUGAGGAGCUGAGGAGUCAGGACGGCAAAACUUCACUGAUGCAGGUGGAAUGCACUCCUCUGUCACCUCACCCUCCACUUCUCCACUCCUCGCCUCACAGACCAACCUCAGGAUCUCCUCUCCAUGACUCUUCGUCUACAAAUAUUUCUCUUUCUUCACAGCCAGAGACUUUCUCCUAUCUUUCAGCAGAUGAAGAGCGACAUGUCGUUCCUUCACAGCCGAUGGCUUCUUCGACGAUAUCUCCAGGACAAGAAAAUAAUUCUGGUCACUUCUCGGGCCAGAAAAGCAACAUCGCAUUGACAAUACAAGUAUCACCUUCUCCAGGAUGUUCAGUUCAGCCAUCCUUAUCUCAAACAUCUCCAUCUUCAACCAAUAUUUCACCAUUUCCAGAAAACAAUCUCACACAGAGAUCAUCCUUGACUGAGCAGGAAUGCUCACUGAUGCUGUCCUUUAAGAAAAUGUGUCCAGAAUCUUCAUACCAUCAUCUUGGUUCAUCAUCAUCAUCAUCAUCAUCAUCCUUCGCAACUCCAGCGGUGACUCAAACUCCAAGCCAAAAUGAUGCACAGGUCUCUUUGGAUUCGUAUGUAAUUUUAGAGUCAUGCAGUGCCUUAGCAGGCAAACUGAGGCUGUCUUCAGAGACUCAGGCUUUCCUCUUGGCCUGUAAGUGGCUGCAGCCUCAAGUGAAGCUCUACAGACUGAGCCGUCAUGAGUGCCACCAAGCCACACUGCCAAAUCGUGCUCCAGAGCAGUCAUCUGAAGAGGAAGACGUAGAUGAAGAUGUGCUGUUUGAUGUCAAUUCACUGUAUUCGGACUCUGAAUCAGACACCCAAGACUCUGAUGAUUCUGAUUACGUUCCGUCAAAGAAAUGCAGGUACAGGUGAAAUGCAAAACAAGUAAAUGUUACUGAUCCUGUGCAAUUAUGUAAGCUACCUGAUAUCAGGUGGAUUUUGAUCAUUAACCAGACUUUUAUGGUGCUUUGUUUUUAUAAUGCUGCUCCUCAAACUGCAGACUUGGGUCACAAGUUACAUUUGAUUUUAUUUUUUAGCUGUAAAGAUCUAUUGUGUAUAUAUUAUAUACAAGCAAUUGUGUACAAUUUAAUAUGGAGACAACUUGAGGUGUGUUUUUCAAAUGCCUCAGCUCACAGAAAUAUUUAUUUAUUUAUUUAAUUCUUAGACCGUUUUAACAUUUUAUUGCGUGUUUUGACUGCAAGAUAAACGGUGAAACACAUUUUGUAAGUCUUUGUGAAUUCUACUUUUCACUUUCCACUUGCCCAGUCACAUCUCAGUGUGUGUCUGCCCUGAAGGCAGCCUGACAUAACUUUGAAACAGCUGCACGUAGCCCGUGAGUGAUCACAUUUACUGCUGAUUCAUGAACGUUUGUACUUGUCUGUGGGGUCUAAGGGUUAUCACUUGUAUUAAACAAAGUUUGUUGACACACUGUUCUUGCCAGGUAGUUACCAUUCUGCAGUGGUGAGUACCUUGAGUCACAGGAAUGUUUUGUGUAUCCUUGCAAAAUGAAGAAAACAAAGACAUUUAAAACAUUUUUUUAAUUAUUUAUAACGACAAGACAUUUAUUAUGUUUGGUUUCACCAACUUUCUUUUUAUCACAAAUGAGAUAUGAUAUUUGAUAUAAAAAGUCUACACACCCCUGUUAAAAAGAAAAUAGUUUUAUAGAUAAUAGAUAGUUUUAUUUGUGAUAAAGAUCCAUCUUUUGUCCAAUCUUUUUACACCUUUAAUGUGAUAUAGCAACCAACAAAAUUCAAGUGAAAAACGAGGUGGAAAAAAAAAAGAAAGAAAGAAUUUAUAAUAAUAACCUGUUUGUGUAAGCGUGUUAGCAACUCUUAACUAAUACUUUGUUAAAGCACCUACAGCUCCUUUAAUGUUGCUGUAGGUCUCCCUGGUAAGUUUUUUUUCUUGUCCUUUCAUCACUUUUGACAGGGUGAUCUGUUCUUGAUAAUGUCGCUGUGAUGUCCCAUUUUCUCCACUUUUUGCUGAUGGUCUUCAGUGUUCCAUGGUGCCUUUUUAAUGUUUUGGAAAUUCUUUUGUACUCCUCUCCUGUUCAGGCCAGAAAAUCAGGCCUAGACACUGAAAGGGUAAAUUUCUCACUCGUCAAACCUUUUCUGUUGAUUUUUCUUUCUGCCUUGGAUUGAUUGCCUUGUUUUAGUCUAAACCUACAUGUCAUUUUAGCGCUGUGUAAUUCUUUUAUUUUAUUUUAUACAUUAAUAAUAAAUACCGGGACAAUUCCCAGUUUUCUUUUUCCUAGACACCACAGGGAAGGGAAUGCAAACUUUUGCGCACAGCUCUAUGUGAGGAAAAAUAAACUAUGGAUCCGAAGAAAUGAGAAUCUGUGACGCACUGAAACCUGGCAUAAGUUAAAUUUAGCAUUUCUGACCGUCUUACAGCAUAGACCAUCUUACAUUUUAAGCCAAAACCGAUGCCCGAUUUUUGCCCCACCUCUUUUUACAUAAUCAUGACGUAAAAGGUGACGUGCUGAUAUGGUAAAAACAAAACUGGUGGAGGAUAGGUGCGUGUGUGUUGGCAGGCGUUCAAAGAUGAAAGUUCAAGGAUAAUUUGAUGUUUGGGUUGGCUGUCUAAAGCAGUGCUCAUUUUGAUGUUUACUGAUUUUUUUUAUAUAUUUAUUUUCAAGAACAUCAUGCUCCUUAUUUUUCAUUAAGCUAAACCGAACUUUUACACACAGUGACCUUGAUGAGAAAAUAGUUCUAUGACCAUUCACUGUUUCUCAUUAUCCUUCGUGGAACUAGUCGUCCCUGGAUAUGCCAUGCAAGAUUCCACAACAUGCUCUCAGACUAAUGAUAAGUCUAAAACUUGCUCUCAAGGUUUCUCCCUCAUUUCAUUUCCGGGAGUUUUUCCUUGCCACUGUCGCCACCGGCUUGCUCAAUUGGGAUUGAUCCACACCCUUAAAGUCUGUAUCCUGUGUUUAUAUAUUUCUGUAUGUAUUUCUGUUUUGAGACAAUGACCGUUGUAAAAAGUGUUAUACAAAUAAAAUUCAAUUGAAUAAGGAAGGUAAAAGAGAAGCCAGCAGUCAGUCCAAAAAAAAAAGUUGCAGGGGGACCUGAAAGCAGCUGGAACAAUAGUUACACAGAGAACUAGUAAUGAACUGAACCACAAUCAUCUACAAUAAUCAACAGAAAAUAGACCAAUAAGAGCUCAUUUGGAACAGUUAAAAUAAAAACAGAACUCUUUGGAAAUAAUUUGGCUUGUUUGGAGAAAAAAAGACACCCAAUAACACCAUAUCCAUAGUCAAGUAUCAUCAUGGGAUCAUCACAAUAUAGGGCUGCUUCUCUGGAAACGGUACUGGGGCAUUAAACAGGGCAGUGGCAGUGGCAACUCAGUGGUUAAAACAUUGGACGGAAAGGUAAUGAGUUCAACUCCCAACGCUGCCAAGCUGCCACUGCUGGGUCCUUGAGCAAGGUCCUUAACUGCUCAGUUAUGUAAAAAAAAAAAAAAAAAAAAAAAAAAAAAAAAAGAGAGCUCAAUGUAAGUCGAUCAGAAUAAGAGUGUCUGCCAAAUACUGUAAAUGUAAACGCAAAAGAAAACAUGAAUGGAGUGAAGUGAAGGAUAUAAUCUCAUUGGCCAAGAAACUGAAUCUGGGGAGAAUAUAGGCAUUUCAACAAGACAAUGACCCCAAACAUACAGCCAAAAUAACUCAAGAAUGCCUUGCAUGGUCUAGCUAAUCUUCUGAUUUGAAUCCUAUUGAUGGAGGUGUUUUUUUUUAAAUUUGCGAGUGGACUCUUUCAGUCCAUCCUUGGGGAUUUGAAGACAGUUUGGCAAGUAGAAUGCGCCAAAAUUGAAGCGCAAUGCUGCAAAAAGCUGAUUACUUUACAACAAAGUAUUAAAGUUGUGAAUUUGGUUUUCAAGUACGUUUCCACUAACAAUUUUAUUUAAACAUGUCUUUGUAUAUGUUUAGACAUACAUACUUUUUUUUGUUCACAUUUAUGAAAAUAAACCAAAGAUACUGUACUCACAAGCAAAGUCAAAAUACAACCCCGAUUCCAAAAAAGUUGGGACACUGUAAAAUGUAAAUACAGAAUUCAAUGAUUUACAAAUCUCAUAAACCCAUAUGUUCUUCACAAUAGAACAUAGAAAACAUAUCAAAUGUUUAAACUGAGGAAAUGUACCAAGUUAAGGAAAAAAUAAGGUCAUUUUGAAUUUGAUGGCCGCAACAUGUCUCAAAAAAAUUGGGACAGGGCAACAAAAGGCUGGAAAAGUAAGUGUUACUAAAAAGAAUACUCCAGUUUCUCUGAAUCUUUUGAUGAUUUUUUUGUAAAGUAGAUGAUGAGAUUUAUGUUGAGGAACAUUAUUCUGAAAUUGUUCAACAAAUUUUUGACGCAGUUUUUUUGCAGAUUGGUGAAACUCUGCCCAUCUUUACUUCUGAAAGACUCUGCCUCUCUAAAGUAACACUUACUUUUCCAGCUGUUAGUUGCCUCGUCCCAACUUUUUUUGAAACAUGUUGUGGCCCUUAAAUUCACAUUUUUUUCCUUAAAAUGGUACAUUUCCUCAGCUUAAACAUUUGAUAUGUUUUCUAUGUUCUAUUGUGUAUAACAUUUGGGUUUGAGAUUUGCCAGUCAUUGCAUUUUGUAUUUAUUUACAUUUUACGCAGUGUCCCAACUUUUUUGGAAUUGGGCUUGUACAUUGUGAAUAAAUUUGAGGUGUAUAUACUCACUGGAAGUAUAUUAAAUAAUAAAAGUUGAAGUGGGUGUGAUAGAGCAGGGGCAAGGGACCAGGGCUGGGUGAUUUUAAUAUCCAUCUUGCAACCAUGGUUCCCCUUUAAAAGAGGUGUUCCUCUCAAUCAUUAUUAAUAUGCUGCAGCUCUACUUAAUUUUUUGCUUCUGUUAUUUUGUCCAGCCACUCUAACUGUAGACAUGGUCAUAAUGUCUGUUGUGUUUGACCUUAUGUGUUUUGGCUUAGGCCCUCGGUAUUACAUUUCCUAAAAGUACUGUACGUCUGUUUACAUAAGUUGUGCAACUUGAUACCUCUAUAUGUUUGCCAAACAACACUGGCUGACGUAACCAUAGCAUGUGCAGGACAGUGUGUCUUCCACUGUGUCUUGUUAUAUAAAGGCAAUGAAGAACUAAAAUUUAGCUGAAUAAGUAUCAAGUAAUGGUUAAGGCAUUUUCUAAAUCCUCCACAGAGUGGCAAGACUCUGAGAUCCCUGUUUUGAUCCUGUGUGGAUCCUGUGUGUUGAGUUUUCCAUGUUCUCCUGUGUCCAUUUCAGUUUCCUCCAGGUUCUCGUUUUCUCCACCUGCCAAAAAUAUACCACCUGUAGGUGAAUUGUCUAAUCUAAAUGUGUAACUCUAGGUGUGAAUAUGUUUGUGAAUGUGUGUGGGUAUAUGUGACGAUGUCCAUCCGGGGAGUAUUCUCGCCUCGUUCCCAGUAAUCCUGGGAUAGGCUCUGGAUCCAUCUCGACCUCGACCAGGAUAAAAGGGUUACUGAAGAUGAAUGUAUAAUCCCUCCAUGAUUACAUGCGUAUCCAUAUCUGCAUACGCAACGACAAAGAUUAGUGUAGAAAAAAUCACAAGGAAAGCACAAAAAAACAAGGGAAAUAUCCUAAACAACCGAAAAAGAUCAGAGCUGAUGCAACAGGCUGGCACUCGCGUGGCGCCUAUGCGUAUAAUGCACCCUCGGUGCAAGAAAGAGCACGUCCGCACGUCCUUCAUCCCUACAGCAGUCAGACUCUUUAAUGCAAAUAACAACAUAAUGUAGCACUCCUAGCUGACAUUCACAAUAACUCUUAAAUAUGAACAUUUAUUAAUUUAUUAUCAUAUGUUGCUCACCCUCUAUUGUUAACUGUGCAAUAAUCCAUUUAUCACUUUAUAUAUAUAAACGAGGUUUUACUCAUCUGUAUAUAUACAUAUUUGUAUUCAUCUGUAUAUACAGUAUCUCACAAAAGUGAGUACACCCCUCACAUUUUUGUAAAUAUUUGAUUAUAACUUUUCAAAGUGAUGGACAGGCCAAGCAUGUCUCCAGGCCUAAACCCUAUUGAGCAUCUAUGGAGCAUCCUCAAAAGGAAGGUGGACGAGCACAAGGUCUCUAACAUCCACCAGCUCCGUGAUGUCGUCAUGGAGGAGUGGAAGAGGACUCCAGUGGCAACCUGUGAAGCUCUGGUGAACUCCAUGCCCAAGAGGGUUAAGGCAGUGCUGGAAAAUAAUGGUAGCCACACAAAAUAUUGACACUUUGGGCACAAUUUGGACGUUUUCACUUAGGGGUGUACUCACUUUUGUUGCCAGCGGUUUAGACAUUAAUGGCUGUGUGUUGAGUUAUUUUGAGGGGACGGCAAAUUUACACUGUUACACAAGCUGUACACUCACUACUUUACAUUGUAGCAAAGUGUCAUUUCUUCAGUGUGGUCACAUGAAACGAUAUAAUCAAAUAUUUAAAAAAAAUGUGAGGGGUGUACGCACUUUUGUGCGAUACUGUACAUUGAGGUGUUCAUAGUGAACAUAUUAUUAUUACUUUUUAGACAUUUUUUUUCAAUUCUAUUCCUAUUUAAUGUGUAUUCUUUCCUAUCUGUUUUUUUGUGUAAUUGAGCUGCUGUUACUAAGGAAUUUCCCCAGUGUGGGAUCAAUAAAGUUUCUUAUCUUA